AUGUAUUUUGUCCGUUUCUCACGCGAACAGCACGUGGGUCGAUGUUUUUGCAAUCGUAGAUCUGUAAAAAUAAUCCCUUACAUUUGGUUCUUUAUCACUCUUGAAAUUUUUGGCGUAACACUAGCUUUUGAUCCAGCAACGUUUUCUAAUCGUAUUUUAGCGCCCCAUGCGGGAUCUUGCUGUGUGUAUCGCUCUUUAAGUGACACAGACUGGUUGAACUGCAUUAUAAACUGUCACAAUGACCCGAUUUGCGUUUCCUACAAUUUCGAUCGUUCCUCGGACGAUCUUGGAGUCUGUGAAAUGCUGAGCUGUGGAAUAAAGAGUUUAUGUGACCAAAAAAGCGCUUUGAUAUACUCGAGGGGCGUUAUCUUUCAGCAGUUAACUUCAAAAAAGGGUACUGAUAUCUGUGAUCCGUCAACAAGCACAGGCAUGCGCAGUCAGGAUGGAAACAGGAAUUUCAGUUUCUCGUUUCCAAUUGAUGGAGGAACUGAUAACUACGUUCAGAAGCAGGGGCUGAAGUUCCAUUUGUCACAGAUGAGUUUUUGCUUCUGGCUUAAAGCAACAAAAGAUCGUCUGACCGUCUUUAGCUACCUGAGUUCUAAAGGAUGUAUAGAGUUAAUGCUUCAAGUUGUCGACACGAACUGUUUGUUGCUUACCAUAGGAGGAGAAAAUAAGAAAAUUAUGACGAAAGUAAACGACGGAAAAUGGCAUCACGUCUGCACCAUAUGGAACAACACUGAUGGUGCGUGGUCGUUUUUCAAGGAUGGUGUUGCGGUAAAAAAUGGAAACUCUCUUAAAGUCGGUUAUGUCAUUCCCUCUGGGGGAACUUUCGUGCUCGGUCAAGAACAAAAACCUGACAAAACUUUCAAAAACGUGCCAUUUGUUGGCGAACUGGCUAAUUUUAACAUUUGGAGCCGCUCUUUGCUUGCCAUAAAAGUUUCAAAGAUUGCCAAGGGGUGUUUAAGAGGUCGGGGAGACGUAGUUUCGUGGUCUGAUUUUCAAUCUGUUCAGACAAAUGGGAAUGUGAAAAUUUCAAAGCCUUCUUCGUGCGCGAAGUGAGGUUUAGACAAACUAUGCUUGGAGUACAUGUUUUUGUGAUAUCAUACAUAGCUUUGGCGGGGAAAACUCAAAAAACGAAAGGAGUGAUCGUUGCACUAAAAAUUUAAAGGAUUAAACAUGCAUAGGAAGAAAAAAUUAAAGUUUAAAACUUAAAGGAGGAGUACGUUUUAGAUUUUGAAAUUUUGAAGGCAUUAAUCAAUUGAAUAUUAUCAAGCAGAUCGCUAUAUAUCAUGCCUGGCGGUGAGCUCAAGCACGUUGGUGGUCCCACUGAUUUGUGUCCAACUUUGUCUAGUUGCUAUUUACAUUUUAUUCCAACAAAGAUCCAAUUAAAUUGACUCUCUUAUGACUCUCAAUAGAUAGGAUGGGGUUUUGAGCCUCAAAUUACCACCUUUUCAUCUUUUAUAUAAUUCUUAUUUAGGCUUUCCGUAGGAGGACUUCAUUUCUAAUUCGGGGCGGUUAAGUCACCGAUCAAACUCUAAAGAGCAUGUUUUUUUAGCAGUACUACUACAGGAACUGAAUUAAUGCACUUGUAAGGGAUGACAUUCUUCACAUGUUCAUUAAAAGGAGAAGUAUUAUCUUCUUCUCAAGUGCAUUUUGCUUGCCUUGUGAUGUGCGCGGAAACCAUCUGAAGAACUUGCCUUGAGAGUUCUGAAGAACCUAUCGAUCUGCU